CUAUAGACAGUUGCCUCAGCAGUAGAUUUCAGAGGGGAUUGGAGGAAAACAAGAGGGGGAUAGAAUGUGACAACUGCCGACUCUUGACUGUUGCCUUAGGGAGGCCUCCCGCACCUGUCCCUGCCUGUCUCUUGGCCAGCACAGUUCUUGAAUCACACAAGCAAGAGAAACACUCGUAUUUGCCAGACCAGAACGGUGUGCACAGGGGGGGGUGGAAGACAAAAAAGAAGAAGAAGAAAAAGAAGCAGAAGCAGCAGCAGCAGCAGAAGAAGAAGACCAUGACUUCUUCAUUCAAACUGGAUUUUCUGCCGGACAUGAUGGUUGAUAGCCGUUUGCUAGUUUCUGACCGAAUUAACGGCACAGCUAACAAGAUGAAUGGAGCUUUGGAUCACUCAGACCAACCAGACCCAGAUGCCAUUAAGAUGUUCGUCGGACAGAUUCCCCGCUCGUGGUCAGAAAAAGAGCUAAAAGAACUUUUUGAGCCUUACGGAGCCGUCUACCAGAUCAAUGUUCUCCGAGAUCGGAGUCAGAACCCUCCCCAAAGCAAAGGUUGUUGUUUCGUAACAUUUUAUACAAGAAAAGCUGCACUUGAAGCACAGAAUGCACUGCACAAUAUUAAAACUUUACCUGGGAUGCAUCAUCCCAUUCAGAUGAAACCGGCAGAUAGCGAAAAGUCCAACGCUGUGGAAGACAGAAAAUUGUUCAUAGGAAUGGUUUCGAAGAAGUGUAAUGAGAACGAUAUCAGGGUGAUGUUUUCUCCAUUUGGCCAGAUAGAAGAAUGCCGAAUCCUUCGGGGACCAGAUGGGCUGAGCAGAGUGCACAGCCUCAAUAUGGAAUCUAGCCGAGGCUGUGCGUUUGUCACGUUUUCGACAAGGGCAAUGGCACAGAAUGCAAUCAAAGCCAUGCACCAGUCUCAGACCAUGGAGGGCUGUUCUUCACCAAUAGUCGUGAAGUUUGCUGAUACCCAAAAGGACAAGGAGCAGAGACGUUUACAACAGCAGUUGGCACAACAAAUGCAACAGCUGAACACUGCCACCUGGGGGAAUCUUACAGGUCUUGGAGGACUUACGCCACAGUACCUGGCUAGAUUAGACAUUAAUAUGGAUUUACAGCAUCGACUCUGGGGACCUUCAUUCCAACACCAGGCAGAAGCAAGAGACUGUAUAAAUCUUCUACAGCAAGCAACCUCCUCCAGUAAUUUGGGUGCCUUCAGCGGCAUUCAACAAAUGGCUGGAAUGAGUGCUUUACAGCUACAGAAUUUGGCAACUUUAGCAGCUGCAGCAGCCGCCGCCCAGACCUCAGCUACUACCACCAAUGCAAAUCCUCUCUCUACAACAACUGGUGCCCUUGGCGCACUCACGAGUCCAGCAUUUGGGAACCUGCUGCAGUUGUCUUCCAACCAAAAAGGGCUUCUUUACCUGCCCUUAUCCCCUAAAUUGACAAAUACCUGCCUGGAAGAUGAAGUGAGAGUGAGGACCUUCCUAGCAGACGUGGCUGCAUCAACGGCCAAUUCCACAGCUGGGGCAGCCAUGAAUUCUUUGACUUCUCUGGGGACUCUCCAAGGCCUGGCUGGAGCUACUGUUGGGUUGAAUAAUAUUAAUGCACUAGCAGUUGCUCAAAUGCUCUCAGGUAUGGCCGCCCUGAACGGAGGACUCGGUGCCACAGGCUUGACGAAUGGUACAGCUGGCACAAUGGAUGCCCUCACCCAAGCCUACUCAGGGAUCCAGCAGUACGCCGCCGCGGCACUGCCUACAUUGUACAGUCAAAGUUUGUUACAACAACAAAGUGCUGCAGGCAGCCAGAAAGAAGGUCCAGAAGGAGCAAACCUCUUCAUUUAUCACCUCCCACAGGAGUUUGGAGACCAGGACAUUCUGCAGAUGUUCAUGCCUUUUGGAAACGUUAUUUCUGCUAAGGUCUUCAUUGACAAACAGACCAACCUGAGCAAGUGCUUUGGUUUUGUUAGCUAUGACAAUCCUGUCUCUGCGCAAGCUGCUAUACAGGCUAUGAACGGCUUUCAGAUUGGCAUGAAACGCUUGAAAGUUCAGCUGAAGCGCUCCAAAAAUGACAGCAAACCUUACUGAUCAUUACCCCAGAAGCUUACUGCUAUUAAUUUAGAUUUCUUAGGACAUCUUCAUGCCUGUUAGCUCAUCGUUUGCCUAGCAUGUCCCUGUGGCGUCUUAAAAAAAAAAAAAGUUUCAUCGUCCCGUCAUUGUUUCUGAUGUCUUUCUGACCUCACAUCAUAAUUUGGUUCUCCUACUGACCUUUGAUCUAUAGUUUGAACCUUUGAAAUUUGCAUGUGACCUCAUCUAGCUGUAUGAAUUCUGGGAAGUCAAUGUGAAAAGCAUUGCUGCAUUUAUGCAAGAUUGAAAUUUAUUACUAGUCAAAUUAAUGAUAGGAUUAUUAAACACACAUACAUACACACAUACACACACACACACACACACAUAACCUGUGGCAAAAUGUUUUGUUAGGGUUUUUAAGUUGUUCCUUUUUCCUUUUUGUGUUAAAAAACAGACUUGAAAGUAUUAUACAAAGAUUGGCAUUCUGGCUGGUCACUGAUGACAAUAGCAAUAUGUGUCCAGAAGCACAGAAUGUUGGUUUCUAACAGACUACUUCCAAAACAGUUUGAAAUGAAGAACUGUCUGAUUUUAAGUCUCUAGAGGUCUGUAAUAGUUUUUACAUUUUUCAGGCAGUGUAAAGUUUUUUGAUAAGGCCAUUUUAGGUGGCUCACUUUCUCAUUAAGAAUAUAUAUAUAGAACCACUUUUUGUAGAUUAGUAUAACAAAAAAAAUUUACCCUGUUUUAGGGCAAAUGCUACCUAUUUAUGUCACCUUUUGCUGAACUGACUCACAAGUUAGACAAUCCAUGAAUUAAUGCACAUGAAAAUUACCUAUAUUUUAUACUGUUUCAAUGUACAGGAGAAAGGUUACUGUAAGCUGUCGUUCCAUUGGUGCUUCUGUGAAUUAAGUUGUGAUUUCAUCAUGGGUCUUACGGUCUUUAAGUGUUCCGUGUUUAUAAACAACAGAUUUGAAAUUGGUUUUUACUUGAACAUCAGCAACAGAACAACAAAAAACGAAUUUCAAAAAACAAAAAAAGUUGUUUGCUUAAAAUAAUAAUAAUAAAAAACAAGUUUUCAUGUGGAAAAAAAAACUAUUCCAGACUAAGUUUGUGUUGGCUUGUGUGACGCAUUGGUGUCAAAUUUUUUUAAAUUAUUAUUGUGGACAAUUUAGAUGUGUUUGUGUUCAGCAAAAUGUGAUCAGUUUUUCUUUUAAAGAAAUAAUAAUAAUAAUAAUAAUAAAAAAGAAUUCAGUGAAAAAAAAUCUUAGUGCCAAACUCCAAAGGUACUUUUCUUCCUAGAGCUUCAGUGUGUUUCUUGUGUGAAGUAAUUUGAUAACAUGGGUAUUUUACUAUGUGUUUUGUAUAAAACCCUAAUAUUUAAAGGAAAAAGAGGUUACAAAGUUUGUUAACUUGCUAUCCUGUGGUCUUGUUGCCUGAAAUUGUUGUUGUUUGUUAUUUCUCUUGGAUGUUUUUUGUAAAACAUUGUAUUAAGUGCCCAUGUUUCACUUUUCUAACCACUCUGCACAUCAAUGCUGUGAAAGCAAACCUCACAAUGUAAUUUCUUCAUAAUGUAUGGAAACCUCUAAGGUGAGAAAGUUUUGAACUUUUAACCCUUUCCACCCAGAGCUGUCUUGAGUGUUAAUACUUUUAUACAUUCACCAUUUUGCUGUUUAUUUUUAUAUAUACAUAUAUAUAUAUCUAUAGCUAUAAAUAUAUAUAUACUUAAUUUUGUGGUUUAUUUAAUACAUGGUUGAAAUCAGAAAAAUGCACAGGGCAGACCUGAAGGACAGAAAAAAAAAUAUUUUACUGCUGUCUAAAUUUCUUCUGUAUCUAUAACUAAAAAAAAUAUUUAAAAUAGUAAUUGUAGAUCUCCUUUUUAGGUAUUUGGGGUUUUUUUUUGUCUUUUCUUAAAAAGAGCUUUUAAUAUGCUGCUGGAAUAUGAUAUUCAGUAUUAAUAAAAUAAAAUAAAAAUAAUUCUUUAAUUAUGUAUUGUAUGACCACUCCUAGACAGGAGAGGUAAACCCACGAUUUGAAAUCAUUAAAAAAAAAUAUUUUUGUAAUGAAAUAAAAUGAACUUUUGCUUAAAUCCAAUGCACUAGAACUUCCUGGAUGAAAUUUCAUUGUGCACUGCAGUUAAACUACUUUUUAUGGAUGAGGUUUACACAUGUUGUAAUGCUUUGAUGUGUUAUCUGCCAUUAUCUGUGAUAUAUUGGUCCAGAUGGAAGAGAUUCAAAGUAGGUGUGGCAAUAUCUUUUGUUAACCUGAUUUCUGUUGAUAAGGAAAAAUGCAGACUUUUGAACUGAGCAAACCCUUUGAAACGCAGGAGGGAAAUCUGGCUGUCACUUAGCUAUAUUGCAGAUAAACCAUACACAUGACACACAUCCCCUUUCAUGGCUGUAGCUAUCCAUGGUUUUCCCUAUCCAUGGUGUCUAGGCUAUUCGUGCUCCGAGCAAAAGAACUGGGUUGGCUGCUGUGUGAACAGAGUGCUGGACUAGAUGGAGCCUUGAUCUGAUCCAGCAUGGCUCUUCUAAUAUUCUUAUGUCCUGAGGAGGCUUACUAGAUCUACGUAAGAGGCAGAGAAGAGAAAUAAUAGGCUUCUAUAUGCUCACCUGCAUGUAGCAUUUAUCCAAUGAAUAUAUUUUCCAGUCCUGUGUAUUUUCCAGCCAAAAUACAAGAGUUUAGAAUGUGAUGUGCCAAGAGGUAUGCCAACACCUCAUCGCACCACACCUUCGUCA